AUGUGUGUUGGUGAGGGGCAUUGUUUCCUUGACGCGAGUCGCACGUGUCGGGAACAUCGCGCCGAUUCAUUGAUAGCCAUGUCGCUUCCCUUCGAGCCGUUACCACAAGGCCAUCUGGUUGAGAAGCCGGCACCUCGAUUCCCAUUACCACCUGGAGACGAUGAGUUACGAAUUGUAGCCGGUAAAAACAGAUUUGGUAUGCUUCAAGUGAUAGAGUGGGAUCAUAUGGAUCUAUCGGUAUUCUACCCGGCUGCACUCACGAGCACCUGGACCGUACGUAUGUUUCUCUAUCCUCUGGCGGUACUGAGAAGUCGUUUACAGCUGCAGAAACAACAUACGGUCUACAAAAGCACAUGGAAUGCGUUCGUUAGCAUCUCGAAAACGGAAGGAAUUCGUGGUUUAUAUAGGUUCUUCCCUGCUGUGGACUGA